AGCUGGCCUCUGCAGACAUCGGGUUAUUCCUACCCUCAGCCUGCUUAGGAGGGGGGUCACCUGGCCCCCUUGCAUUUGAGGUGGUGAGGGGGACCGUAUUGCUGUGUGCCUCACCCCACUUUCUCCACUCUGUAGCUGGGACACCACGUGAUGUGGUGCUGUUUGGUUUCCACCUUACUAGGCUUUGACCAGGGAAGAUCUGUGGGCAGCUUCGCCAUGUCGGAUAGUGACCUCGGGGAGGAUGACGGCGCCACAUCUCUGGACCUGUCUCAGGCAAACAAAAGGAAAAGAAGGGGAAAUCUGCCCAAGGAGUCUGUGAAGAUCCUUCGAGACUGGCUGUAUGAGCACCGCUUCAAUGCCUACCCCUCCGAACAGGAGAAGCUCAGCCUCUCUGGACAGACCAGCCUCUCUGUGCUGCAGAUCUGCAACUGGUUCAUCAAUGCCAGGAGACGGCUGCUCCCCGACAUGCUGCGCAAGGAUGGGAAGGACCCCAAUCAGUUCACCAUCUCUCGCCGAGGGAGCAAAGCUGGUGACGUGGCCGUGCCGCGAGGGGCUGCCGCGGGCUCUGGUGUGGUGGUGGUCCCUCCUGUGACGGCUGCGGCCGCGGGGGCCUCCAAGAUGCUCUCGAUGUCCGUGUGCCCGCAGGUACUGUGCCACCCUGCCCAGGCGCUGGGCAGCAACCUCACGGUGGUGAGCACCUGCAGCCCCGACAGGGAGAAGCAGCCCAGCUCGCAGCGCGUGGAGUCAGACCCUCACCCCAAAUCGCAGCUGGGUGCCACCGGCAGCACCAUGGCCUUGCUGGCCCGGGCCGACGCAGCCAGCCCCACAAGCGGACUCUUCAACACGCCGCCUCCGACGCCCCCUGAGCUCUUCGGUGAUGACUUCAGCAGCUUCCAGCUCCUGGUGGAAGUGGCGCUGCAGAAAGCAGCUGAGCUGGAAUCGCAGAGGCAGAGCGGGCAGCUGCCCCUUUUGCCCCAGACUGAGCCCCCAGGAGUCUCCGUCUCCAAAUAAACCUCCCAGGCCAGUUCCCGCUAGGGUGCCCUUCCUUGGGGCCUCCUGACUCCUCCCAGCUGCAGGUCCCUUUCCUCCAGCCAGGCCAGGGUCUGCCUGCGCCUCCCCAACCAGCUCAUCUCAAAAGUGGACUUCUGCAAGCCCGAGGGACUCCGGCAUCUUUGUUGGCUUGGGGUGGGGGGGGCGGAGGAGAGGGAGGAUUGUCCCAUCAUGUCAUCCUUUGGUUGUCCACGUGCUCUGGAGAUAGCUGGCUUCCCUCGGAGCCCCUUUCCACGCCAGCCCCAGCGAGGACGGUGCCUUGGGAGGUGCCGGAGGGAUGCAGCCACAGCAGUCUGGCCGUUGUGGAAGGACCUUUGCAGAUAACUGACCUCCUCUUACCACAGCUGUCCAUGACCGUGUCAGGCUGUGGCGCCCCUCUGGAAAACCUGACUUUCUUCUUUGCUUCUCUGUAAACAAGGGUCCAGCCAAAACUGUUUCUUCAGGGUGUGACAGAGAGAAACUUUGUUUUUCUUCUCUUAGUUCAUGUUUUUUUUUCUUUUUUUAAGGAUUAUGGAUGGAAAGGUUUUUUUCUCCCAAAGCUCUCUGAUCUCCUUUUUUAUUUUUAUUUUUUUCCUUCCUUGCUUCCUUGCUUCCUUCCUUGCUUCCUUUCUUUCUUCUUCUUCUUUCUACCUUGUUCCCCUCUCUGGUAUCUUGUGCUGGCCGGGUGCCCUGCAUUGCUUGGGGAAGGAUAAAGCUCAAAUGAACUGGAAACCUGAAGUCUGUGGCAUAUUCUUGCACCGAAAAGAAGUGAGACCCUCCUCUUCUGUCUUAGGGUAUUGCAGAUGCUGCCAGCAGAAAUCUCCAUGGUGCUGUUCAGCAAGUUUGUUUUGAAACAUUUUUCCCUUUAAUUGUGAUUUUAUUGUACAUUUUUUUUCCCUCUACAAGCAUUUCUGCAGCUUCCCUGUGUUUCUCUUGAGUUCCUGCUGAAGAUGUGCACGUUGUAGCCGGGAACAGCGCGCGCCCAGAGCCUGGAAACUCUGACCACGGGCAGCUGCCAGCAGGGAGUGGUGGAUGCGAAUCUGAGACUGUGAAAUCUUGUAUCCAGCUUGUUUUUAUUUUAGUUUUUUCAUGUUUGGAAGGAUGCACAUUUGGCGUGCAAGCAGUCUGUGUGUUCUUUUGCAAGUGCAAGGCAUGCAGCCCCAGGAUGGCAGUCCCAGGAAAGCAGAGGUGUCUUUAGCCAGUGCUGAUGAGCCGCCCACGAAACGCGGGGUGGUUCGCAUCCCUUCCAUCACUUCCCUUUUCCCUCUCGAGGGCUGCGUGCUGUUGUGCCCGGUUGCACUGGGGACCUCUAAUGAUGAGCUAGUGUCUGCUGGGAGCUGGACUGGGCAUCCCCUCGCCCUAGGGACAGGUGCCCGCGCCCCAGGGGAUCACUCGCCGUUGCCAGGGCUCCAGGUGCUGCGGAAGUCCUGGGGCUAAGCUAGUGCUGUUUCACUGUAAAAUGUAAGUUAAAUAGCGAUACGUACGCACCUAUAGUAUCUAUCCUGAGAAACACUAAUCCUAGGUUAUUAGCCUGAUUAUUAAGUUGCAUGAAUAGAGAUAUUAAUGUCCUCAGGACCUUGAGCACGGGCGCUGGAGCCAGUGCUGCCAGGAUGGGCCGCAGGGGAAAGCACUGGUUUUGGAGGGGGUCUCCCCCCCGCCUUGUUUUGGGGAAAGCUGACAGCAGAAGAGACAUGAAGGGUGACUAGAGAGAAUUCCCAAGCGCUGGCAUGGGCUGCAGGAAGGUCUGAUGGGGGUGCGUGGCAUUGGCUGAGUGCCCGCAGAGCACCUGGCUGGGAAGGAUGUGGCGGGGCAGAACUGCCCCGGGGCUGAUGCCUGUGGCACAGCCUUGGCUCCCGUCGGGGCAGGACUGCAGCCUUUGCGCCUCUGCCUUCAUUCUGGGGCCAAAUGUUUAGGGGCCUCCUUGUCACUCUUAUAUUGCUCUUUCCUCUCCUCCAUUCUUAAGUGCUGUCUCACCUGCAAGCGGGGGGAAAAGCUUUUCCCUCCUUCCCCCCCCCUUAUUUUUCCCCCUCCCCUUUUCUGCCCCCUCUUCCCCCAGCGGAGCAGAGCAGCGUGAUAUGGCUGUGCCCACACUGGGCCUGGCCAGGCUGCCCCAGAGCAUGGGCUGGGAGGAGGUGGGCUGGGGGACUUUAACUGAAUUGAGGUUUGCAGAGCGCAAAAAAAACAAAAACAAAAAAACAAAAACAAAAAAAAAAACUACUGUAAAUAACUUGUU